AAACAUAAUAUAGUGUAUAUGGAGACCAUUUUUACAUGCCUUAUUUACCCAGUGAAUGUGCAAAAGUAUUAUUAAUAAAUUUUUGUUGUGUUUAUAGCUUUUUAAGCUAUGAGUUAUGCAAACAGGAAUAAAUUUGAUACGGUUGUGCACAGUGCUGGUGGAAUUGAACAGUGGCCCCCCGGCCACGGACGACAUUGGUGGUCAGUACCCACCAUGGCCAAACAAGAACAUAGCCAUAGUGCCAAUGGGCAUGCGAGAGGUGCCAUGAAACAAUCUUAUAUGCAGUUGACACGAGUUUUUCAUGAUGGGAGUAACAGCGAUGAUGCAUUAAUUAAUAGAAAACUUCCUCGUGAAUUACUUUUAAGAAUUUUAUCAUAUUUGGAUGUGGUCGCCUUGUGUAGAUGUGCUCAAGUAUGUCGAUAUUGGAAUAUUUUAGCGUUAGAUGGUUCUAAUUGGCAACGAAUUGAUCUCUUUGACUUUCAGAAAGAUGUAGAAGGACCUAUUAUUGAAAAUAUAUCAUUACGAUGUGGCGGUUUUUUACGUCAACUUUCAUUACAUGGUUGUAAAUCAAUUGGUGAUUCAUCAAUGAAAACAUUAGCUCAACUUUGUCCAAAUAUAGAAGAUUUGAAUUUAAAGUUUUGCAAAAAAAUUACAGACAGUACGUGUUCGAGUUUAAGUAAACAUUGCUCAAAAUUGCAUAGAUUAAACUUAGACUCGUGUAUACAAAUCACUGAUUUAUCGUUAAAAGCAUUAUCGGAUGGAUGCAAUAGUUUAACUCAUAUAAAUAUUAGUUGGUGUGAUAAUAUUACUGAAAAUGGUGUUGAAGCACUUGCUCGCGGUUGUCCACGAUUACGUUCGUUUAUUAGUAAAGGUGUUCUACAACUUACCGAUAAAGCUGUGCGAUGCCUUGCAAAUUAUUGUCCACAAUUAGAAGUGUGUAAUUUACAAGGAUGUAGUAAUUUGACAGAUGAUGCUGUCGUUCAACUGGCCGAACAUUGUACACGCCUGCAUUAUUUGUGCCUUGCCGGGUGUGUUCAUCUAACAGACGUCUCGUUAAUAAUGCUUGCACAACAGUGUCAUUUAUUAUCAACAUUAGAAGUUGCACGCUGUUCACAAUUCACUGAUACUGGAUUUCAAGCGUUAGCAAGAAAUUGUCGUUUGUUGGAGAAAAUGGAUUUAGAAGAAUGCGUUUUAAUUACCGAUUCAACACUUAUACAUUUAGCCAUUGGAUGUCCUCGUCUUGAAAUACUCAUUUUAUCACAUUGUGAAUUAAUAACCGAUGAAGGUAUUAGACAACUUGCAAUGUCACCAUGUGCUGCUGAAAAUCUAGUCAGAUUAGAAUUGGAUAAUUGUCCAUUAGUGACAGAUAGUUCAUUAGAACAUUUAGUUACAUGUCACAACCUACAACGUGUUGAUUUAUACGACUGUCAAUUAAUUACACGAGCUGGAAUUCGUAGACUUAGAAGCCAUUUACCAAAUAUCACCGUGCAUGCAUAUUUCGCACCUGUGACACCGCCUCCGUCAACGGGUGGUUCUCGUCAACCAUAUUGUCGUUGUUGUAUUAUUCUAUGAAUAUAUCCAACGGAAUAUAUAUUGUUUCUAAAUGUCCAGAGAUUGGAACGGGGUUUUUAAGUUGAUGUGUUUCACUUUUUUCUACAAGUUAGAAAUUAUAAUAUACACACCACACAUACGCGCCGUUUUAAUUCAUCUUAGUUCUAAAAAAACAUAUAUUACACGCGAACUUAUUCAUAAAUAUGUAACCGUUUGUAAAGGCUCAUCUGGGAUACCAUUUUGGUGAUUGUUGAUCUAUAAAUAUUAGUCGAUGGAAAGUAAUUUUUAUUGUAGGUAUUUUGUUGGCUACAAUAUUAACAGACGGAUUAUUGUAGAUACAAAUACUUAU